ACCUUAUAGGUUGCAAUAAGUGUAAGUGGAAAAUCCCGGAGGAGGGCGAGAGCCAGACAUUACUGGAACACACCUGAACCUGUGGUCUUGGCGCCGCGGUGUGUGCGGGGAAUAUAUCACUAAAAUGGCUGCAGGGUUGCCGCGGAGGAUAAUCAAGGAAACCCAGCGGUUGAUGGCAGAACCAGUGCCAGGCAUCUCAGCAGUACCAGAUGAGACAAAUGCUCGAUAUUUUCACGUAGUUGUUGCAGGUCCAGAAGGAUCACCAUUUGAAGGCGGCGUAUUUAAAUUAGAAUUAUUUCUGCCAGAAGAGUAUCCAAUGAGUGCCCCUAAAGUCAGAUUUAUGACAAAAAUUUAUCAUCCCAACAUAGAUAAAUUAGGAAGAAUUUGCCUUGAUAUUCUUAAAGAUAAAUGGAGUCCAGCACUGCAGAUUCGUACAGUAUUACUGUCUAUUCAAGCACUUCUUUCUGCACCCAACCCAGAUGAUCCCCUAGCUAAUGAUGUUGCUGAACUGUGGAAGGUUAAUGAGUCUGAAGCUAUUCGUAUUGCACGGGAAUGGACACGUACGUAUGCUAUGGGGAACUAGUGCUUGCCUUUACAUAAUUUUCUUUGUAUAAAAAUAUGAUUUCUCAGGAUGAGGAGUAUAUUAUUGACGAAGGAGUGCAUAGCUACUGUAACACUGAACCAACUUGGCAUGAGCCAUAAAAUCCAUGGGAUUGGCAUCCUCUGCCAGCAAGAGCUGUUGGUGACUUGUAGUCCUUGAUAAAUACUGUCCAAAGGCUGUCACCUGCUCUAGGCUAAGUCCAAUUGAUAGAAAUAAAGGCAGACUUUGGUAGCUUCAUGGAAUGCAAUGCAUCUAUUGAUGUUGACCAGAGACAAAAGCCUUUUCGAAAAUGAAAACAAGUGAUUUUUUUUUUCUUUGUUUUGGGCCACAACAAAUUAUUUUCUUAUGUUUGUUCUAGUCUUCUUUUAGGGAAGGUUUCGUUAUGUGGAAUUGGCUGCCUUUUCAGAUAGGCGAGGAAUUCCAUCAGCAUGAAUUUUGCGUGAUUUUUACAGUAUCAAUGCCUAUCUUCAUUUGUCCCCUUCCUAUUAAUUUCUUUAUAUUGGGGUGAUAUUGAAGAAACAUCAUGUUUUUUGGCCCUGUAUCUACAGUGCCUUUUGUCUGCUUAAUCUAUACUGCAAAGCUUUUAAAUAUUAGGAGUUUCACUUAUAUGUCACAUGGAAAAUAAAGAUGAGCCACUGCAGCACAGGGCCAGAGAACAUUUCAGCAUCACAUUGACAUGUAUAGCUGUAUUUUUGUGGGUAACAUAACUAUCAACUUAAGCACUUAAUUCUGAUAUAUAAUGUGUUAAGUGUAUUACAGUUCAGGAUAAAUCUUAUGUGCAAACUUAAGUACUGUAUGUCCCAAAAUGUUGAUUGUUUAAAAUUUUCUUGUGCUGUUAACUUUCUAGUAGUACAGUACUGCCACAUUCGAGUUUCUUUUUUAUUUUCAUGUGGAAACUACAUUUUCAGCACCAAAGAAAUAUGAUACAUAAUUAUGAAGUACAGAAAGAAGGAUAUGUCUCAGAUGAAUUUUUCAUACAAUGCACUCAAACAAAAUAAAAAUUUAAGAUGCAAAUACUAAUGUGGUGCACAUUGCAUUGCAGUAAGAAUCAACUUGGAAUGUGAGGUCACACCCAGUUAUUUUUUAGUUUAUUUGUUUAGCAGGAUAAUUUGGGACAUGUAGUACAUUGUGGUAUCUACAGAAAUACUGCCCUAGAACCAUAUGAAUGUCCUAUGUAAAUGACUCAUUCCAUAUAGUGUGUAUUAUUAAUAGGCCUUAUAUUGAAAGUCAUCUUGCAUUACUUUGUUUUGUCACACCAUCAUAAUAAGAUUGUAUUAAUGCUUGCAGGAAAGAAAGAAAAAUUGGCAAUGUUUCAAUCAAGUGAAAUUUUGUAUGCUGCUUAGGAGUAAAAACUAAUAUAUAA